AUGCUUCUUCUCAUACUCACCGUUGGCGUCAUUCACGUCGUUCUAUCCAAUUCGAUCAUAAGCUCAACUUUUGAUGACUACACUCCGGAAACGUUCCCUGAUUCCAUCGAGCAGCCCAUAGCUUGCAGUAUGCGUGUGGCAAGCUUCCUCUGCGAUCCGAGUGAAGUUCUGAAUGAGGAAAAUAUUACUGCUAACCACCUUCGACUUUCCAAGUCACUGAUCGAAGUACGUGAAUUGACUAAAUGCACAUGUUCGCCAAUGGACGUCGGCGAAUGCGAUGAUUCUCCGAGAGGCUUCACAAUAUCUGCGGCAGUUGUAAAGAAAAUGGUACUGCUCGAUGAUCAGAGAAAUCCUGCUAUGGCACAACUAGCAGCGGAAACGUUUGCGGAAACCCUCCGGCAACGUCAAAAUCGUGGUCAAUGCGACGACGAUGUCCUGAUCUUUGUAUCUGCUCUUGAUGAAGUGGUUUGGACUUCGCUUGGAUCGGUGACGAAACGAUACCUUAGCGAUGAUGCAGUGAAAGCCAUCACAUCGAGAGCAGAGUCACACUUUAAAAAUGGCGACUUCACCGGCGGGUUACAGUACAUGAUCGAUUCAUAUACAACACUUCUUCGAGGUCUUCCACUCGAUCUAAGCAAUGGUUGGGAACUACCUAUACCAAUGUGGUCGGUGAUCGCAAUCAGUGCCUUGCUGGUUAUUCUUCUGCUGACGUUUGUGGCGUUUAUGCUUUAUCGUUGCAUAAUAUAUUGCAAAGGUGAUCGUCGUGCUGAAUACACCAUGGGCACACGAAUGUAG